UUCUGCAACUCUGACAGGACAACAACAGACAGGCUUGACCGGCUUCUGCACACCUCUCACCAGCACAAGUUUCCAGGGAAGAUGGCUGAUUCAUAUGAUGAAGUGUCGCCAAACCAAUCUCCAGCACAUCAGGUGCCACAGGGUAUGGCUCAAGAACCACAGGCGCUUCAGGUCGUCCCAGCGCCUGAUGUCGUCCCAGUGCCUGAGGUCGUCCCAGUGCCUGAGGAAAUCCUAGUGCCUGAGUUCUUCCUAGUGCCUGAUGUCGUCCCAGUGCCUGAGGUCGUCCCAGAACCUGAGGUCGUCCCAGAACCUGAGGUCGUCCUAGAGCCUGAGGUCAUCCUAGUGCCUGGGGUGUUCCCAGAGCCACAGGCCAUCCCACCGCCUCCUCCGUUAGUGCGCCCGUGGCUAGAACUGGCGCGCAUGCCCCGUCCUACCUACCGUCGUCAUAACUAUGUAAUGAGGGAACAAGAAAAUGCGCCGUCCAUUGAUUUGCUGACGCGCAUGUUAACAGAUAUCGUUACAAUGAUGGGAGCAGGAGAAACAGUUAUGGAUACUAUGGAUCGAAUAAGAAUAUUGCAAUCAUUCGAUCAGGCCUCGGCCAACCCCGCAGAUUCGCAGGUUGAUUAUCUUGAUGUAUAUCAAAAUGGAAGUCCCACUGAGUGUUUUUGGGCAGCCAUUCGCGCGAUCCCUCUAGAUGCCAGCCGACUGGGCACUAAGACAAUGGGGUAUCUCAUAGACUUGAUAUUGGACCCUGUACAAAUGGAGAUUUUUAGAAUGAUAGCAUUCCCUCCUUACGUUGACUUGACCGAUGGAAGAGACGAUGAUGAGUCUCCUCCAAGAGGAGCAUCCGGUUCAUCAGCAGAAGGGAAUAUGUUGCUGAAGCAAGAAAGCGAUAGUGAAUAAGAAAUUGUGUUCAAUUAAUCAGAUUAUUACUCAUGUAUCACAGGUCUGCAAAAAACAUUUCUCAUAGCUGUUUAUGAUAUUGUCCAGUGUUUAUUAUUGAAGAAAAAUAUAAAACUUAUCAUUUUCAAAUUCCAUCUAUAGAUUGUCAGGUGAUUUUUCAUACAGUUUUCGGCGAAACUAAUUGGCAGUCUAUUUUUGAGAGGUUGACUCAAAGUUACAUUAAUCAUCAUUGAUUGCAAAUAAGUUGUUGAAAACUUAAUGAAUUAUUUCUAACUGGAACGGGUUGUUGGAAAAUAGUUUACCAAAAACCUCCAAUCACCUUUAAAAUCAGAAUAUGAUAUAAGCUGGUUCUCUCAGACAAAAAAAAAUGAAUAUGUAGACUAAGUAAACUCCUCUCUCUCUCUCUCUCUCUCUCUCUCUCUCUCUCUUUCUCUCUCUCUCUGGUCGUACUGUAAUGGAAUACCAGAGAUUCUUAUCAUAAGUAUUAUGUGUAGAUCUGUAGCACAAAAAAUAGUGUUAAACCUAGUAGUUAUAGAUAUCUUGAAUUUGUUUCAAUGCAGACCUGUGUUUUCUAUAAUUGAAUGUUUGUAUUGCAUGCAAUAUCUGUUCUGUUAAAAAUCGAUGUUGUGAACGAAAUUCUUAGUUGUUGGAUGUUUGAUAUCUGUGAAAAUAUUCUCCAUAAUGGAACAUACAAAUAGAAAUUGUCAACCACUUUUAUUAUUAUACGAUGAUGAUAAUAUAAACUCGUAUAAUACUUAUACAAACAGAACCUGGUUUUGUUGCUUCACCAGCCACAUCUUCAGCUGUUUUUGUGGCAAUCUAUUUUUGUGUAUUUUAUUCUCAAUUUCAUGAUACUGUUAACGGAAAUUUCAUGUUACCAAUCUUCCAAAUUAUUAGACCAAUUAUUCCAUUGUCAGGGAUUCCAUUCCCCACAGUAGAACUGGAAGGAGAAUAUUAUUGGUUAUCGAAAUAUUUGGGAAGCUACAGAAAGAUUAUAUUUUCUUCAUGUUAAAAUAGUAUUCAAUAAAAUAUCUCUAACAGUAAAUGAUGGAUCAAAUCUUAAUAUUUUCAUACAGAUGUAUUAGUUUAUUUUAAAAUAACUAUUUUAUUGCUAUAUUGAGACGAGCUUAAAAAUUCUGGUGUUUUGCCAGUAUGUUACUUAUACCCAUUCGCCCAAAAUAUUUUUGUAUGACUUCUACGCCAAAAACUGGUUCAUUGAAGUAAAUUCGAAACAAAAAUUCUAAGCGUAAUGACAUUCCAGUUUACACAAAAACAAAUUAUAUUUAACCAUCUUGAAAUGAAGUCAUUGCAUUGACGUCAGAUUUAUUGUUAAAUUGUAACCGAUAGAUGAUAAUCUAAUUCUGCCUACCUCAGAGUAAGUUUAUUCUAUGAUGAGAUUUUGUAAUAUAUUGAUAAUUGUUUGUCUUUGUUGCCCGAGAAGUAUUUUUGAAUUUGAUAAAUGUGGGUUUACCACUACCUCAGAUCAACUAUAGUUGUUGCUCAAAAUUGUUGCCAAAAAAUAAUAACAAUCAUUAUUAUCCAACUCAAUGAAAAAAACUGAAAUUUUAUAUUGUAAAUCGAUGUUUUUCUAUUUAUAUAUGUGUAUUACUAAUGUGACGAAUUUCAGAUGUAUUUUCGUGUUCAAAAGACUCAUACAUAGUAUGAGUACAUAUUCUGAAUACAAAAGCAGUACUUACGUAUUCUUGUACUAGAGAUGUUUUCUACUGUUUAAUAAACUUUCCAUAAA